UGUGACCUUCAAGGAACGAUUGCGUUUGUUUCAGUCUUCAGGAUUUAGCCACGUCCUGCUGUGAAAUUGCAAUAUUGAAGGGAUGGAAUGAGCUCAGCUGCACUUCCCUCCUGUGAGACAUUGCAGGCAUUUAAUGCCACAAAAGAAGGAAAUGGAAACUUCACCCGUGGUUGGAUAAGCACUUUUUUAUUUGGCUGAACUUUAGCGCUCUAAAGACAGUGAAACUCAGGGCAGCAGCGAUGUCGGGCUCCUACGAUGACUCCAUGAUCGAUGUCUCCAGUGACAGUUUCUGGGAGGUUGGGAACUACAAGCGUACGGUGAAACGGGUCGACGACGGCAACCGCCUCUGUAAUGAUCUGAUGAACUGUAUUCAUGAGCGGGCUCGUAUUGAAAAGUCAUACGCGCAGCAGCUCACGGAGUGGAGCAAGCGCUGGAGGCAACUCAUAGAGAAAGGUCCUCAGUAUGGCACGUUGGAGCGAGCUUGGUCUGCGUUGUGCACAGAGGCAGAGAAGGUGAGCGAGCUCCACAUGGAGGUGAAAGCAGCGCUGAUGGGAGAAGACUAUGAGAAGCUGAAGAACUGGCAGAGAGACUCGUACCACAAGCAGAUGAUCGGUGGAUAUAAAGAGACGAAAGAGGCCGACGACGGCUUCCGUAAGGCACAGAAACCCUGGGCCAAGAAACUCAAGGAGGUGGAGACGAUGAAGAAAUCCUAUCACUCCGCCUGUAAAGAGGAGAAACUGGCGGCCAGCAGGGAAACCAACAGCAAACUAGAGAGCAACAACAAUCCUGAUGCCCAGAAGAAGCUCCAGGAAAAGGUGGAGAAGUGUCAGCAGGAGGCGCAGAAGACUAAAGAACGCUACGAGAAAUCCCUCGAGGAGCUGGACAAGCUGACUCCUCAGUACAUGGAGAACAUGGAGCAGGUGUUUGAGCAGUGGCAGCAGUUUGAAGACAAACGCAUACGCUUUUUCAGAGAGCUGCUGCUGGAGGUCAAACAGCACCUGGACCUCUCGUCCAAUCACAGGUUCCAGACAAUCUACCACACCAUGGACGACACCAUCUCUGCCACCGACGCUGAAGACGACCUCAAGUGGUUCCGGUCCAAUCAUGGCCCGGGCAUGCCCAUGAACUGGCCCCAGUUUGAGAACUUGGACUGGUCCCGUCCUCGCACCUUUAAGAGAAGGUCCAUUUUAGACUGGUCCAUAGACCUGAACCGAACGCUCAGCAGACGAGAGAAGAAGAAACCUUCAGAGGGCGUAACCCUGACCGGGAUCAGUCAGACUGGAUCAGACCAGCCUGUUCAGCCUGUGAAGACCAGCAGCAGUGCACCUGUGGGCUCCAACCCCUUUGACGAAGACGAAGACGAAGACGAGGAAGAGGAGACGGCCGUGGAGCAGCAGACGACAGAGAAUCACAUCAGUGUGAAUAAAGAUGAAAUAAAAACCGUGAGCAGCACGGAGAAGACUCCCGACUGGUCAGACGAAGACACCGGCGUUAACCCUUUCUCUGCCAACGGCGAUGGAAAUCCAUUUGAGGACGAGCCGACGUCUCCGCUGGUGUGUGUUCCUGUCAAAGCCCUGUACGACUACGAAGGACAGGAGCAGGACGAGCUCACCUUCCAAGCAGGGGAUGAAUUCACCAAAAUUGGUGAGGAGGACGAUCAGGGUUGGUGCAAAGGCAAACUGAAGGACGGACAAACGGGCCUGUAUCCUGCUAACUAUGUGGAAGCCAUCCAGUGAUACAGAAAACACGGAGGAGGGUCAUCCUUAUGUUUAACUCUUGGUGAAGACUGGACUGGAGGACAGAGAGGAGGAGGAGGAGGAGGAGGAGGAAGAAGAAGAAGAAGAAGAAGAGGAGGAGGAGGAUCAUAAAAGGAACUCUUGAGAUACUUGUUGCUUUGACCCGUGUAGAAACAAAGGAACACAACAGAAAAUAUGUUACUUAAAAUCACAUUUAUGCUGUUACAAAAACAACAAUCCAAUAAAUAGUCACACUUUAUACAUACAUACAUACAUAUAUAUAUAUAUAUGUAUAUAUUAGAUAAGAAUGAAUUUCUAUAUUCUAUAUUCUAUAUUUCUAUAUUGUUGUAAUGAAACACUGGGACGACAGUCAACGUUAGCCCUGCAGCCGUGAUACACAAACUACUAUAGACUCACCUUUUUGUAACAUGAUGAAACUCAAACUGCCUCGAAAAUCCAGAUUAUUCUGUCACAUUUAACUUCAUUUAAACCUUUCAGCUCUUAAAGGUCCAGUGUGUAACAGUUAGUGACAUCUAGUGUUGAGACUGCGACAUUAUUUUACUCUUCUGUGGCGUCGACUGUUACAUUUUUACAAAUCCAAACUGCAGGCUGUGAAUUUUAAUUUGAUUAUUUUACUUAAUCCUGAUCUUCAUUGCUGGCUCUCCCGAGUGCAUCAUGGGAACUACAGUGGCCUUCACAGCCUGCACUUUUAAAUACCAAAGCACGCUCUGACUGGUUUGUCCAUUCAUGCGGCUUCUGUAAAACGAGCCCCGAAGUACAAAUACGACAAAUACGACAAAUACGACAAAUACAAGGCUGCAAAAAGUGAACAAAUGUGUUAUUUUAAAGCAAUUAAACGAUGGAUGCCAGCAAACCUGUGACUAUAGUUUAUGAAAAGUUACACACUGGACCUUUAAAGUGUCGUCAUCGUCAUUUAAUCCAGAUUAAAACGAUAAAAGGCAGCAGAGUCUUUUCCUCGCGGUCCUCACUCAGCUCACAGGGAGUUUCCCUCGUCACUGAAAUUGAAUGUAUAUUCACUGAUUGUAUUUUUUUUUUUAUCGUCACCUGCUGAUUGUUCACUGUUUCACCUCUAACAGCUGUCCUCACUCGCACACACACACACACACACACACGUCUGUAAUAAUGCAUCGUUUGUACACUGAAAGAUUUUCUUGAAUCUCCCGUGUUUGACUUCUCUCACAAAUGUUAAAGUUCAUGGGUUUGUGGUUUUGUUGAGGGUUUAUUAUUUUACAAGCGACAGCAAUAACAGCAGAGUUGCAUAAAUGCCUGUAAAUAGCCUGGAUUAUUAGAACAAAGGUAGCGUCAGAAGAUCAGAUGAUUGUUAAUUUAUGAUGCCACAAAGUGCUUCUGUUCUGCUGUGACUGAGAAUCUCUUUGUUUUGUUAAUUGAAUUGAAUGAAAAAUCCCUUGAAUUAUUUUGUUAUAUUUGUAAAUAUUCAUUAUUCACUGAGUGAAUCAACGAAAGCUCUGUGAAUAAUUGUUGAUUUCCUUGUAGGAGCUAUGACAUGAACCUGAUUUUUUUAACCUUAAUACAUGUUUGGAUCGAGUCUUUUGUCUGCUUGCAUUUUAUUUUUGUUGAGCUGAACUGCCGCCGCACACACACACACACACACACACACACACACACACUCGGACCAGCUCCAGAUUAAAAUAGAGAACGAGCAAAGAGGAUUCUUGUUUCUUUGUCUUUUAACGUAUUUUCAGGGCGCGCUGUCGUCAAAACACAGCAACAGCUGGAUUUACACAGUGAGGUUUGUAAAUGUUGUCCCGCAACAUAAUAAAUGAAAUGAUUUGGAAAUAAAAA